AUGUUUACGAAGUAUUAUUUGAUGAUGGCUUUGUAAAAACUAUCAAGGCCCACAGAAUGAGCAAGGCACAAGGCAAGCAAUUACAAGCAUGUCCAUUGUUUGAUCCGAUUAAAAGUAGCAAACAGGACAGAAGAGAUAAGAAAAGGAAGCUGAAUGUGGCAGCAUUGUUCAAAAAGAGGGCCAGGAUUGAUAAAGAAGACAAGCCCAUGAAAUCAUCUCAAUCUAGUAUUUCUCAGGAAUCACAGAGUCCCAAAGAAGUUCAAGAAGAAGAAGCAGUAGAACCUGAACCAGAACUUCCUGUUGAAAAUUUGCAAACUGAAGAGGACAUUCAGAAUUGGAAACCAAGAUGGAUAAAAGGAAAGCCAGUCGGUAUAGAAGCCACUAUAGAAACCCAGGAUGGUCCAAAAACAUCUGUUAUUGUUCCUGAUCCUCGAUUGCCUGAAGGUUGGCAUAAACAUUUGUUGAAAAGAACCAAAGGAACUGAUGCUGGAAAGUGGGAUACAAUAAUAGUCAGUCCCGAAAACAAACGAUUCAGAUCAAAGACGGAUGUGGUGAAGUAUUUGGAAGAACACGCUUCUGAAGGGCUGAAUCUAUCCAUGUUUGAUUUUUCACUUGUUUCCAAAAGAAAGAAAAAAAACGUUUCUGUGGUUCCUGCCCCACCUCAGGAAGCUGCACCUGUACCUGCACUUGCUCCUGUUGCUCCAGUUUUACAAGAAGAACAAGUUACCUCGGAAGAAACUGAACUAAAGGAAGAAGAAAAUGCAAAUUCUUUAAAAAUUCUUUUUGAAGAUGAUGCUUAUAAGUGUCCUAUAGAAGGUUGUGGAAAAACUUUCAGGAAAGAGAAUUUGGCACAGAUGCACGUUAAGCAUUAUCAUCCUGAAUAUACAAAGUUCUUGGACUCUACCCCAAAUGUAGCUGAUCUUGCAUAUGCACGUACUGUUGGUGAAAAUUUAGACAGAUCUCCAGGGCCUGCAAAACCUGCCCCCGCUAAAACAAGCUUCAGAACUUCAACUCCUAAAAUUACAAAACCGCCGAUUCCUGCUCAAGAGUUGCCUGAAUCGAAACUGGCAACCAAAUCAAAACCAGUUGUCUCCACUCCAAAAUCUAAGGACUCCGAAAUAAUAAAGCUCUUGAACUCCAAACCUUUCGACAAGAAAGAGACGGAAACCAUACAGCCUUUGCCUUCUGGAUUGCCUAUGAACAUGUACCCCGAUAUAAAAUUAAAAGAUUUGCUGAAUAGGGCUGAAGGUGUUCCGAAAAGGGAUGAUCUUAAUUUGAAAACUUUGUGCUCCACCCGAAUUUCUUCUGGUAUCAAGACGUUGCUUCCUGUCGUUAGGCAGCCUCCUGUAGAGGCACCAUCAGUUUCUGGCACAAGUACAAUUCAAGAAGAGACUCCGAAACAGCCAGGGAGACGAAAACGCCCUAUUAGCGAACAUAUCGAAAUCAUAAAAGGAGGCGAGGUUAUUAAGAUCGUUAGGAUGAAGCAGGAAGAGAUCAUCAACUGUACGUGCGGUUUUACUGAAGAGGACGGGCUCAUGAUCCAGUGCGAGCUGUGCCUUUGUUGGCAGCAUGCUUACUGCAACAAUAUUGAACGUGAGAGUCAGGUUCCAGAAAAGUAUAUUUGUUCCAUCUGUCAGAAUCCAUUGAAAGAGCGAUAUUCAAGAAAAUUCUACCAUGAUCAAGACUGGCUUAAGCAGGGUACUUUACCCGUCGGCAGUUACCAUUCCAAAGAUGAUGAAGCUCUUCAGAAGAGGUUCGAAAAAAUGAAGAAGAGCCAUGACAUAUCUGGAGGGCUACAUGAACUCCAGGAUUAUCUACACAGCUUGAGUAUCAAAAUGAAAAUUGCAGGAUCUAAAAAUCACCCCAAACUGUACUUGUGGUCGAAACCUUGGGACAAACAGCCUUUGCCUGAAAAGAUCAAACAAGAUGAAGAUGUCAAACCAAAAGUAGAAAAUGAAGAAUAUCUCAAGUCCGGAAUAGAAGAGGACAAAGAUGAAUCUCAAAAUGAAAAUUCCAUGCUCAUGAUGAUUUUGAGGGAGGGCAGAGAUGUUAUACCAAAAAUCGACCUCAACUCUCUGAUGGACACCAACGGCCCCAUUAUUCCCCAACCGGAGGCCGCAAUCGAUUCUACUGAUUGCCGGUUGAAUCUUUUGGAUCAUAUCAUCCACCAAGAAUCUCUAGUCGAGGAGCGGUUGGAUGAUUUUGAAAAACAAAUUGAGGCUUUAGAGCAAGGAAUGAACAUGGAAACUGAUAAAGACUAUCCUGUUACCAGACAUACUCUUCAGAUGUUGACGAGAGAUCUGGAUACUUUGAAGGAGAUAAGCCAGAGUUCUACCUUGUAGUGAUAAGAAAUUUUUCCAAAGAGUUUAAAUUGUUUUUGUUGAUAUUUGCUAUAUUAUCAUUGAAUGAUAUUUUUUAUAUAUUCAAUCAAUAAAAGAUUUGAUAU